AUGAACCUCCUCGCUUUGAAUGCAGCGCUGUGCAAGAGAGAAGUUUUAUGUGGAGCAAAGCACAAUGCCACUACGUCCACGAAGCAGAAACGUGCAGAUAUACAAGGUCUAAGAGGAGUAGCUAUCUUAUUUGUGCUUCUAAUGCAUUUGAAGCCAAAUUCAUAUCGCCUUGGAUUUGUGGGAGUAGACAUCUUCUUUGUCCUUUCCGGCUUUCUGAUGGCCAAAAUCCUCCUCGAGAAAAAACUUACAUUGUGGUUCGUUUGGUAUUUUUACAGCCGCAGAUUCAAAAGGAUUGUACCUCUGUACAUGAUAAUCGUCGUAUCCGUUUACAUUUUUGGCUACUUCUACGUAUUGCGUUUCGAUCGCAAACAAAUCCUUGACGAUCUGACUUGGGCAUACACUUACAGCUCUAAUCUACAGCCCAUUUUUCAGAAGCUUGGAUAUUGGGAUCAGCUCUCGACAUACCGAUUUUUUGUACAUGCCUGGUCUCUCGGAGUGGAAUUACAAUACUAUCUUAUUGUACCAUUUAUCAUGGGUGUAGCACUCUGCUUUGAACACAAUGCACGCAUUAAAUUGUUCUCUACAAUUGGAGUAUUUUCUGUCAUUUUCCAACUCUAUGCUCCACCCAAGGUAUCCUAUGGUUUCUUACUAUCUCGGAUCUGGCAGUUUAUGUGCGGGUCGAUAACGUACGAGUUCUCGAAACCAUUUCUUUCGAAAGACAAGAGUCUGCUACGCCAAGAAGAAAAGAAUUCGUUAGAAAAUGCUUACAAACUAGACAAGAAAUUGUCAUACGAGGAAAUUGGCUACGCUAUUAAAUGGAAUUUGAGAGAAUCUCGUAAGAAGUAUUUUGCGAUGCCGUGCAGUAAAGACGGUGAUACUCAGCGGUACACCAAUUACAAGAAUAAUGAGCCUGAGCUGCAAUGCGUUGCGGACCUUAAGAAAGAUCGAAUCUACAAGGAAUUUCAAGGAAACAUUGACUUUAUCAGCAAGUACGCGAAACACAUAGUCAUCGAUAUGCCGUACUAUACACCUCCAUUCAACGUUGGAGCGAAGCUUGCAAGAAGACUGCAGCUGGGUCUUUUGCCUGGUGAUGAGUUCGUAGUCACUUGGGAGCAACACAUCAACCAAACACGAUAUCAUCAACUGCGGCUGAGUUCACUGAAUUGCAGCAAAUGCAUCAUGAACAACAUAAACGAGGUCAGGAAAAGUUACUGA